AUGAUGGGAGAUGCAAAAGUAACCUACUAUCAAGCUUGGGAGAAGAAGAUGUUUGAGCUAAGGCAGUUGGAUAAGAAGUCUUGGGAAUGGCUAAUGGGUGUUCCAACAAAAUUAUGGUGUAAACAUGCUUUUAGUUUCUAUCUAAAGUGUGAUGUUCUGAUGAAUGACAUUAGUGAGUCUUUCAAUAGUACUAUAUUGCAGGCUAGAGAUAAACCAAUUAUCACUAUGUGUGAAUGGAAUAGAAAUUAUCUUAUGAAUAGGAGAGUUGUAAACUUAACCAAAUUAGACAAGUGGAAACAUAAGAUAAUGCCUAUGCAUAGGAAACAAUUAGACAAUGAGGUGCUGAUGAGUGGCCAGUGGGUUCCUACAUGGAGCAUUAGCAUGGUAUGA